UGUACACACACACACACACACACACACACACACACACACACACACACACACACACGUACACACACACAUACAUGUACAUACACACAAACACACACACAUACAUACACACAGGACACACAAAACACGUACACACACCACCCCCCAUUAAAAAUUGCAGUACUUCGUUGUUCACUCACAGAGCCGGGUACUGCACUCUAGGGGGAGGCAGAAAGCACAGCACACACUCCUUCCUUUGCUUUCACUGCACUCAGCUAUUGAGCAGUCUGACAGCUCCCAGUGCCAAUGAGAGAUCCGGCCUGAGCUCCGAGCCUACUCAGCAAGAUGGCCCUGGAGGACACACUCGCCCCCACCAUAAUUUCCACUCGCCAUGGGCGAGCGGAAAUUUCAAGCCC